UAGGAGGCUGACGAAACUGGCAGAUAGGCAAAAGCGGGAGCGAGCGCAGACGGGAACGUCAGGGAAAAGUGGAACAAGGCGGGGAAAGUGUGUAGUUAGUGCGGAUACCUUGCUAGAAGUGUCGUAACUGAUGACGGUGUAGUGUCCACAGGGAAGUCGAGGCGAAAAGAUAAGACGAAAAGUUUAUGGAAUUAUACCCUCUCCACAAUUGCUUACUUUGACACAACAAGGAUUAUUACAGCCUGAAGACAAGUAGUACGGUGGGCCAUGCAGAGCCAGCCUGUGUCCCUGCAGAGGUGAGCUCCAGCACCAGCCAACGUUUUCACCGUGAUGGCAGCAGAGCGGGAUGGGCGGGGGUGUGAGCUGCCCAUCGCCCCGGGCCAGGUGUACAUCGAGGUGGAGUAUGACUACAAUUACAAGUCCAAGGAGCGUCAGGUUUCCAUCCACCAGGGAGAGUGUUACAUGUUGGUGAAAAAGACCAACGGGGACUGGUGGCAGGUCAAGAAGGAGGAGGGGGCCAAGGCGUUCUAUGUCCCAGCGCAGUACGUCAGGGAGGUCCGCAAGGCCCUCAUGCCGCCUCCCAAGCCCCUGCACCUGGGGCAUCACCGUGGGGGGAGCGGGGGAAACACUGUGCGGGUCAAACCCAUCGUCCUGGAGAUGGACAGAUCUAACGAGAGCCUGAAUGUGACCAGUUUCAGUCGGCCCUCUCCCUCCUCACCUUCUCCCUCCUCCUCGUCGGGGGCAGCCCUCACCCCUCCGAGGCAGCGCAGGGACAGGGACAGGGAUGCCAACCAGAACCCUGGUAGAGACCCUGGUAGCCCCACUGACUACGACAGGGCCUUGGUAGAUGUCCUCCAAAACACUCACGCUCCUGGACGGGGAUGUAACACGCUGCCCCGUGCCCGUGCAACCUCCCCUGAGCUCCGCAGGGCGCCCCUGGAUGUGGACAUGCCUCCGGGGCACUGUGACUCGGAGGGGUCGGAGAGACGCAACGACUCAGAGUCUGGAGAUGAGCUGAGCAGCGGUUCUAGUGAACACUUGCAGACUGUCUCUCUGCCGGGUCAGGGUGGUCGUCCUGAGUCUCCUGUCUACACUAACCUGCAGGAGCUGAAGAUCUCUGGGACCAGCCUGCCCCCCGACCCCUCCAACUUCCCACAGCAUGUCCUGGGUGACUGGGAGGCCCACAAGGACCAGAGCGGCAGACAGUUCUACUUCAACCGUUCCACCCAGGAGAGGACAUGGAAACCUCCCCGAGCCAGAGACGCCAGUAGUGGCAGCAGCCGGGGGGAAUCCCACAGCAAUAGCACUGGGGAGACGGAGACGACUCCGCCGCUCUCUCUCUCCCCGUCCUUCCUUCCUCUCCUCUCGCUGUCCAUUGGUCCGUUCCAGCCUCUGUUGUUGGAGGACAACUGCCACAGCACGUAUUCUAGCCAAUCAGACAGCCAGUACGGCUACCCGCCCCGGGGUUGGUCAGAAGAGCUGGAUGAGCAUGGACACACUCUGUAUGUCAGUGAUUAUACUAAUGAGAAGUGGAUAAAGCACGUGGAUGAACAGGGCAGACCAUACUACUACAGUGCUGAUGGCUCCAGGUCAGAGUGGGAGCUGCCCAAGUACCAACACUCCCCCCCUCUACCUGGUGGAGGAGACCGGACCCCUAAGAGCCACAGUCUGGAUAGGAAACAUGUGGAGCCCAUCGUCCUGACCAAGUGGGCAAACAGCAGCAACGUGCUGGACGCCAACGACAAGCGGCUCAUCAAAAACAUCAGGCGUUUCCGUACAGGCUCUGGUCGCCCCCACCCCUACAGACAGACACAAGACGGUGCGUUGGGCCCCAUGGUCCCUGGCUCUCCAGACUCUGCCUCCUCAGGCCCCUCGUCCCCCAAGCCCCCUACCUCCCCUUCGGAGAAGUGUGGUAUUCUCAACGUGACCAAGAUCACUGAGCAUGGAAAGAAAGUACGGAAGAACUGGACGUCCUCCUGGACGGUUCUCCAGGGCUCCUCGCUGAUAUUCGCUAAAGGCCAGGGGGGCGGGACCAGCUGGUUUGGAGGGAACCAGUCUAAACCAGAGUUCACUGUUGACCUGAGAGGAGGAUCUAUAGAAUGGGCUUCCAAGGACAAGUCCAGCAAGAAGCAUGUCAUUGAGGUGAAAACCCAUCAGAGUACAGAGCUGCUGAUCCAGUCAGAGAACGACGGCGUCAUCAAUGACUGGUACAGGGCACUGAUGGACACCAUCAGCACACAUGCCUGGGAGUCAGAUGAGGCCAUAGAGGAGGACAUGCCAGAGUCUCCUGGAGCAGAGAAACAAGACAAGGAGAAAGAGCACAGAGACUCCAAGAAGAGCCGAGCCAUGAAGAGUUCCACCAGUAUGGACGCGUCGGACAACAAGAAGACCAGAAUCAAGCUGAAGAAGUUUCUGACACGUAGACCCACUCUGCAGACAGUCAGAGACAAGGGUUACAUCAAAGACCAGGUGUUUGGCUGCAGUCUGAGUGACCUCUGUCAGAGAGAGAACACGGCCGUGCCAAGCUUCGUCACGAUGUGCAUCGACCACGUGGAAAACAACGCUCUGAAUGUGGAUGGGCUGUACAGAGUGAGUGGGAACCUGGCUGUCAUCCAGAAACUACGCUUCGCUGUCAAUCAUGAUGAGAAGGUGAACCUGGAGGAAGGGAAGUGGGAGGACAUCCAUGUGAUUACAGGAGCGUUGAAGAUGUUCUUCAGAGAGCUGCCUGAACCCCUCUUCACUUAUGGAUUAUUCCAUGACUUUGUCAACUCCAUCAAGAUCCCAGACAACAAGCAGCGUGUCCAGUCCAUCAAGGAGCGGGUCAAACAGUUACCAAAACCCAAUCAGGACACUAUGCAGGUCCUCUUCAAACACCUCAGGAGGGUGAUUGACCACAGCGAGGAGAACCGUAUGACGACCCAGAGCGUGGCCAUAGUGUUCGGCCCCACCCUCCUCAGACCCGAGACAGAGACGUGGAACAUGGCGGUCCACAUGGUCUAUCAGAACCAGAUAGUAGAGCUCAUCCUGCUGGAGUACGAGGGCAUCUUUAGGUAGACAGCAAAGGGGUGACCUUUCCCCUGGGUACAGAUCUAGGAUCAGUUUCCCUUCCCACCCAAUCAUAACCUUAACCAUUAGUGGAGGAAAUGCUAAACUGACCCAAGAUCAGCGUCUAGGUGCAACUUCACCCUACACUGGUAGAGACGGGAGGUGAUGUUCACUAGGAACGACACGGAAGCUAACGGAAUGAAACGGAGAGGGACUUCGUGAACUUGUCCAAUAAGAAACAGUUGUUUUCGUUUUACGUUGUCAAAUACUUCGUAACGUUGUGCUGUAAUGUCUACAACCCAGGCCUCCUCUCUGAACACUAUCACCACCAUGACUAUGCAGAGCUCUAAACCCAACCCAGGCCUCCUCUCUGAACACUAUCACCACCAUGACUAUGCAGAGCUCUAAACCCAACCCAGGCCUCCUCUCUGAACACCAUCACCACCAUGACUAUGCAGAGCUCUAAACCCAACCCAGGCCUCCUCUCUGAACACUAUCACCACCAUGACUAUGCAGAGCUCUAAACCCAACCCAGGCCUCCUCUCUGAACACUAUCACCACCAUGACUAUGCAGAGCUCUAAACCCAACCCAGGCCUCCUCUCUGAACACCAUCACCACCAUGACUAUGCAGAGCUCUAAACCCAACCCAGGCCUCCUCUCUGAACACUAUCACCACCAUGACUAUGCAGAGCUCUAAACCCAACCCAGGCCUCCUCUCUGAACACCAUCACCACCAUGACUAUGCAGAGCUCUAAACCCAACCCAGGCCUCCUCUCUGAACACUAUCACCACCAUGACUAUGCAGAGCUCUAAACCCAACCCAGGCCUCCUCUCUGAACACUAUCACCACCAUGACUAUGCAGAGCUCUAAACCCAACCCAGGCCUCCUCUCUGAACACUAUCACCACCAUGACUAUGCAGAGCUCUAAACCCAACCCAGGCCUCCUCUCUGAACACUAUCACCACCAUGACUAUGCAGAGCUCUAAACCCAACCCAGGCCUCCUCUCUGAACACUAUCACCACCAUGACUAUGCAGAGCUCUAAACCCAACCCAGGCCUCCUCUCUGAACACUAUCACCACCAUGACUAUGCAGAGCUCUAAACCCAACCCAGGCCUCCUCUCUGAACACUAUCACCACCAUGACUAUGCAGAGCUCUAAACCCAACCCAGGCCUCCUCUCUGAACACUAUCACCACCAUGACUAUGCAGAGCUCUAAACCCAACCCAGGAGAGACUGGUCCAACUCACCUCCCUCUAACCCGAAGUCAUUCACGCCUCAGAAUCCAUCUCCCGCCAAACAAACCUGUAAAACAAGGGACUUAUUAUACACAACCAAUAAACCCUAGUUGAGACUCUUAGCAGCCAACAUGGAAGAUGCUUCCCUCUCCUGCUCCUCUCUCCAUGGCUGCUUUGUGGGACAUUCUGCAAAAGCCAACAUCCAAUCCUGACUGUCCAUUCACAGGAUUACUAUGACCAUCGUAAAUGAUCCCUCUCCUCUAAAGUACAGACUCUCUCUCCUCAGUGAAGCAGUCCGUUCUACACACUGGCUGUGUCUGACGUGGCUCACUACUCACUAUGAAGUGCACUACUUCUGGCCAAAGGUAGUGCACUAUGUAGGGAAUAAGGAGCCAUUUUGGCCAUACUUCAGCCAUCGUACCAAAACUAUUCUGCUUCUCUGGUUUUCAGAAGAAAUCUUCUCCAAUCAGUCAGAUUUCAACUUGAAAAUACAGUACUGGUCCUCUCUGACUGAUGGUGAAUAAGGCAACCAUUAAUAAAUGAACGUUCUGUUGAAUAAUAUGUACAGCUGAAGUGUGUUGUGUCAAAUGGCACCCUAUUCCCUUUGUAGUACACUACUUUUAACCAGAGCUCUGAUCAAAGGUAGUGCACUAUAAAGGGAAUGAACAGAGUAACAUUUUGGAUUGCACCUCUCUCUCUGUGUGUGUGUGUGUGUGUGUGUGUGUGUGUGUGUGUGUGUGUGUGUGUGUGUGUGUGUGUGUGUGUGUGUGUGUGUGUGUGUGGACGGGGGAUUGACUGACUGGAAAUAUGUUGUACAGAUGUUUGAUAGUAAUUAUGUCUUGACGGUGAACGUUAGAAACUAACGGGAAAACAAUCACUAGCGUAUUUAGAUUUGUUCCAUAACUGAUUGUGUCAAAAAAUAAAAAAUAAUAAUCAUUUAGGGUUGAAAAAUUCCGGUAACUUUCCUAAAAUUCCCAGAUUUCCCCCAAAUCACUGUUGGGAGGAUUCCCUGGAUAUUCUGCAUAUUCACUCCUGAUCCAGGGACUAUUCCAACCAGGAUUUCUGGAAAACCUGGGGAAUUUGGGGAAAGUUACUGUCAUUUUGCAACCCAAGAACUACUUACUAUAUGACCUGGGGUUGUGGAAGUUUACCUGAGUUGUGGGUAAAUGACACAUUCUGAAUGUAAUUAUUUUCCAAACUAACUGCUGUUCAUGACUUCUUUGUCUAAUUGGAAUAAAGGUCUCCAUUGAGAACCUGUAAAACUUG